UCAGUCAGCCUGUCAGUCAGUCUGUGGUACUCGGCCUGCAGCCCAUCUUGCAGGAUGAAGGCUCACUUGUGGAACUGUGUGUUGGGAUUACUCUGCAUGCCUGCUGAAGUAUUGCUCAGCUCCUGGACAGUUUCUCAAGACCCCUUGUCCAUCUCUCUAAUGAGAACCAACUCAGCCGCUGAGAUCACAUGCACCACAUCAUUGCCUGACCCGUUGGGCUUUGUCCUGUACAGACGUUUCAAUGGCGAAAGGGAACUUUUGUACUUGUCCUUGAGCAACGGACGAGUGACCAAAAAUACAACAGCUGCAGAAUUUGUUGGCCGAAUUCACGUAGUAAAUCAUCAGAUCAGGAAGGGCCAUGGGUUCACCUUGCGGCUGUCUCUACUGUGGCAGGAGGACACAGACUUGUACUACUGCAGCUGGAAACACUUCAGGACAGAGACGAAGACGGUUGAAACCAUGCCCAGCAAAGGCACCAAAAUCAUUGUCAGAGAGAGAGAUCCCCAGGAACAAUGCGGCAUCCACAUUGUGGAUCUCGUCUUGAUUGCCUUGUGUGUGACAUCAUUCACUGUCAUUUUGAUCCUCUGCCUUGGAGCACUGAUUUGGAGAUGCAAACGUUUUAGAAAGCACUUCAAACCAGCCAGAGCAGUCAAUCCACCCAGACCCAAUAGGCCCCAGCAUGUCUGUGCUCAACAGGAAGUUCAACAUUAUCCCUACUUAAUCACGUCUACAAAUCCUUUGGACUUCAGGGGCAUUCUGUAGUGCUAAGAAACAAUGCAUGAAAAAAAAAAAAAAGAUUUAUCACACCAAGGGUUAUCACAAAGAUCAGAUAUCUUUUGAGUCAGCAGCUCAGCUCAGCAAAGAUGUCUCACUUCUUGCUCUGCUUUCCAUUUCCUUUUAUAUUCAAUUUAGUGUUUUGUUUGCAGAAAAGUGACUGAGCUACCACAUCCUGGCUGAUGUGAGGUGUACAGGUGUGAUGCGUGUGAACAGUGUCGGUGAUUAAAAACUGCAGAGCAAGCAUUUUUGUUUUUCUAUAUGUUCCAUUACAUGUGAGCUUGCUUUGUUGACAUUUGCAGCAUGCUUAUUUUAUAUGUUUCCUUUGUGUCUUAUAAAUAGUGUUCUUUUGAAUGUGAACCACAGUUUCUGUCUG